ACUCAUUCAAAACUGUCCAAUUAGAAAAUCCGUACAUGUGGAAGAGUUGACUGGAUGAAUUUAUUAACGACGCCGUCUACGAAUUGGAGCCGGACUGGCAACUUUGACCUUUCACCCUCGCAUUUUGCAGUUAAUAAUACCCGAUUCUUUCUUCUCUUUCGCAAUCAAAGCAGGAUAAUCUGAGAACCCAGAAAAAAAGGAAAGAGAAUGUGCUCGUUGGAGAAGAGGGGCAACAUCUUCAUCUUAACACUAACCGGCACCGACGAGCACAGGCUUAACCCUACUCUUCUCAAUGCUAUUCGCUCCGCUCUCCGCCGUGUCCGAUCUGAAGCAUCCUCCUCUUCCGCUCUCGUCACCACCGCGCACGGUAAAUUCUUCUCCAACGGCUACGAUCUCGCCUGGGCCGAAGCUCAGUCGUUCAAAGACCGCAAGCUUCUCAUGGACUCCUUGCUCCGGUCGGUGGUCACGGAUCUAAUUUCACUCCCGAUGCCUACGAUCUCCGCCGUGUCCGGACACGCCUCCGCCGCUGGCUGUAUCCUCGCCUUGAGCCACGAUUACGUCUUGAUGAGGAGCGAUAGGGGCUUUCUCUACAUGAGCGAGCUCGACAUCAAGCUUGUCCUUCCGCCUUGGUUCAUGGCAAUUCUCAAGGCCAAGAUCGGGUCACCGGCGGCUCGCCGUGAAUUGAUCAUGAAAGCUGCUAAGGUCACGGCGAAGCGAGCGGUGGAGAUUGGUAUCAUCGAUUCCGCUCACGAUAACGCCGAGGAGACGCUGAAGGCUGCGAUUGAACUAGGCGAGGGCUUAGUUAAAAGGGGUUGGGAGGGACACGUGUACGCUCAGAACCGCAUGCAGGUGCUGGCUGAUGUGUUGGACUCCAUUCGGGACACCCGCGCUGGAUCACGGCUUUAAUUUGUGUGUUCGUGUGUUUUUUUCCAACCUGAACAUUAUUGGAGUUGUCAAGUGCUACUUUAAUUCCCUAUAAAUCUUGUCGUCAAGGGUGAUAAUAAAUUUAUUGGUAGCGUCAAACAACUA